AUGGCUGCGCAGUCAAAACCCGCCCCAAUUGGGCCUUGGGGCAAAGCGACGGCCGGCGCGGCCGGCGCGGUCCUCGCCAAUGCGCUCGUCUACCCCUUGGAUCUCGUGAAGACGAAACUCCAAGUACAAGUCAAGAAGACCGAAACCGAGAAGAACCAAGUCAAAUUCGAGGACACGCAUUACAACGGGACAUGGGACGCUAUCUCCAAGAUCGCCUCGGCCGAGGGUGUUGCAGGCCUGUACGCCGGUAUGAGCGGGUCGCUGCUCGGCGUCGCCUCGACCAAUUUUGCCUACUUCUACUGGUACUCUGUGGUGCGCACCGUUUACCUCAAGUACGCCAAGUCCACUGGGACGCCGUCGACCGUCGUGGAACUCUCUCUGGGUGCGGUCGCCGGUGCGCUCGCGCAGCUCUUCACCAUCCCCGUCGCCGUCAUCACGACCCGCCAGCAGACGCAGAGCAAGGAGGAGAGGAAGGGUAUUAUCGACACCGCGCGUGAGGUGAUCGAGGGCGAGGAUGGCGUGUCGGGCUUGUGGAGGGGGCUCAAGGCGAGCUUAGUGUUGGUAAUCAACCCGUCCAUCACAUAUGGCGCGUACGAGCGGUUGAAGGAUGUCCUUUAUCCCGGCAAGAAAAACCUUUCACCCUGGGAGGCUUUCGCGCUUGGCGCAAUGUCCAAGGCACUCGCGACCAUUGUCACUCAGCCUUUGAUCGUGGCCAAGGUCGGUCUGCAAUCGAAACCGCCACCGGCGCGGCAGGGCAAGCCGUUCAAGAGCUUUGUCGAGGUGAUGCAAUUUAUCAUCGCAAACGAAGGCCCCAGGAGCCUGUUCAAGGGUAUCGGGCCCCAAAUUCUGAAGGGUUUGCUCGUGCAGGGUAUUCUGAUGAUGACAAAGGAGCGUGUCGAACUCAUGUUUAUCCUUUUCGUCCGCUACCUUCAGGCUAUGCGAUCGCGGAGGUUGGGGAGAACGACUGAUCUUGCGGCUGCUGCGAAGCUGGUCGCGCCAUCCAAGAACUCGUCUCAGCACAACCAGUCGCGCAAGGCGCACCGGAACGGCAUUAAGAAGCCCAAGACCCAGAGGUACCCCUCGCUCAACGGUACCGACCCCAAGUUCCGAAGAAACCACAGGCACGCGCUCCACGGCACCGCUAAGGCUCUGAAGGAGUUCCGUGAGGGCAAGCGGGAGACUGCUUGA